UAAAUCGCGGUCAAAGAUAAUCUCGUUUGACUCUCGAAAAACAAAAACCAAUUAGUUUAGUUUCAUGAGAAAACUGCAUGCAAACUAGGUUUACUUAUCGAAGGUUGUAUCUUUUUGUGAUUGAAUGGACAAAUAUUCUCAAUCUGCAUUGUCAUAUUGCUGUUUUCUUCCUCGGUUUGACGUGUUUUUUUUCGUGAACUUUCAGUUAUUUGCUCAGUGGAGUGGGGAUUAAUUGAUUUGUAAAAAUUUUGAAGGAAAAAUGUCUAGUUUUGUUGGUGUUGUUGUUUCUGAUCAAUGGCUUCAGAGUCAAUUCACUCAAGUCGAGCUUCGUGGCCUCAAUUCCAACUUCCUAUCUGCAAGGAAUCAAUCUGGCAAGGUCACCUUGGGAGAUCUACCACCUGUGAUGUGCAAACUUAAGGCCUUCCAAGAUAUACUAAGUGAUGAUGAUAUUAAGGCAAUAUUGGCCGAGUCAUCUUCUGACAUGACUGAAGAAAUUGAUUUCGAAUCAUUCCUUAGGGCAUAUUUAAAUCUACAAGCACGAGCUACAGCAAAAUUGGGUGAUUCAAAAACCUCCUCCUCUUUCCUCAAGGCAUCCACAACCACACUCCGUCACACCAUUAGUGAAUCUGAAAGGGCCUCAUAUGUUGCCCACAUUAACGCCUUUCUCAGAGACGAUCCAUUUUUGAAGGAUUUCCUGCCGAUAGAUCCAUCUUCCAAUCAACUGUUUGAUCUUGCAAAGGAUGGUGUUCUUCUUUGUAAGCUCAUAAAUCUUGCUGUCCCUGGCACAAUAGAUGAGCGCGCUAUCAAUACCAAGAAGGUUCUUAAUCCAUGGGAAAGGAAUGAGAAUCACACCCUUUGCCUCAAUUCUGCGAAGGCCAUUGGUUGCACGGUGGUCAAUAUUGGCACGCAGGAUUUAAUUGAAGCUAGACCUCAUCUGGUUGUCGGGUUGAUUUCUCAAAUUAUCAAGAUACAAUUAUUAGCUGAUCUCAAUCUGAGGAAAACUCCACAACUAGUGGAAUUGGUGGAAGAUAGCAAGGAAGUAGAGGAGCUUAUGAGUUUAUCUCCAGAAAAGGUUUUACUGAAAUGGAUGAAUUUCCAUCUUAAGAAAGCAGGAUACAAGAAGGAAGUUACAAAUUUUUCAAGUGACUUGAAGGAUGGAGAAGCCUAUGCUCAUUUACUCAAUACUCUUGCGCCUGAACAUGGUACGACCAACACAUUAGAUACAGAAGAUCCAACUGAAAGAGCAAAUUUGAUUCUUGAGCAAGCAGAAAAACUAGAUUGCAAAAGAUAUGUUACUCCAAAGGACAUUGUUGAGGGCUCAGCAAACCUAAAUCUAGCAUUCGUUGCCCAAAUAUUUCAACACAGGAAUGGAUUGACAGCUGACACCAAAAAGUUGUCUUUUGCUGUGAUGAUGGAGGAUGAUGCUCAAACUUCUCGAGAAGAAAGAUGCUUCCGGUUAUGGAUUAACAGUCUUGGAAUCGAUACUUAUGUGGAUAAUUUAUUUGAGGACGUGCGAACAGGAUGGGUCCUUUUGGAGGUACUGGACAAAAUUUCACAGGGGUUAGUUAGUUGGAAACAAGCAACAAAACCCCCCAUUAAGAUGCCAUUUAGAAAAGUUGAGAAUUGCAACCAAGUCAUAAGCAUUGGGAAAGAACUGAAUUUCUCCCUUGUAAAUGUAGCUGGAAAUGAUAUUGUACAAGGAAACAAGAAGCUUAUACUAGCUUUUUUGUGGCAGUUAAUGAGGUUUUCAAUACUCCAACUGUUGAAAAACUUGAAGUUCCAUGCCCUAGGAAAGGAGAUAACAGAUGCUGGAAUACUAAACUGGGCAAAUAGUAAAGUGAAGAGUGCAGGGCGAAGAUCUCAAAUCGAAAGCUUUAAGGACAAAAAUAUAUCAAGUGGGAAAUUCUUUCUUGAACUUCUAAGUGCCGUGGAGCCAAGGGUUGUCAAUUGGAGCCUUGUUACCAAGGGUAAAACUGAUGAGGAUAAGAAGCUUAAUGCAACUUAUAUAAUCAGUGUAGCACGAAAACUCGGGUGCUCCAUCUUUCUAUUGCCAGAGGAUAUAAUAGAGGUGAACCAGAAGAUGAUGUUAACACUCACAGCAAGCAUCAUGUACUGGAGCUUGCAAAUAAAGACUGAAAAUUCAGAGUCCAACCCUGCAGAAAACAACGGUUCUGAUGCAUCAGGCCCUGAUGGCGACAAUGCUUCCACAGCUUCCGAAGUGGAAAAAGAGGCGGAAGAAGAAAGAUAGGAUUUGAAGAAACGAAAUAGAUUAUUUUUGUUGUAAGGUUUCUUUCUGAUGUGGUCCUCAGUUUUGCUUUCAGGAGGACAUGUCAAGUGAAGUUAGUUAAUAGGGAAGUCACUUAAAUUCAUUCUUUAAUACGCAAAUGCGGUGAGGAUGGGAGCUGGGAAAAGGGAAGACAAGUAAUUGUACAUCUUUGUAGAAUCAUUAGGUUUCUUCGAUUUUAAAUAUACAACUAUUUUGUUCCCAUGAGAAACUUGUUGAGUUACAAAUGUUAAUCAUAAGCCACUUUCAACUAUGAUUGAAUAAACUCUUCUUUUUCUCUGUUUUUCAUGAUUUGGUAAUAGGCAGAAAAAUGGAUCAAGUUCACUCUGUUCUGUAUUAAUGGUGCCACAUCAGUUAUGUAUCUGUACUCAGUAUGAAGAAUAAUGCACGUAUUA